AUGGAUGCCGAUGUCGAUGGGAUCGAUAUUGAUGUUGAUGAUGACGACGAUGCUGGUUUAUUCAGCAUCGCCAAUGACUACCAAAGUGACGACGAUGACACCCUCACUGGUGCAGACAACGUUCUUUCAGCAGUGUACACGGAGCGCACUGCUGUUGACAAGGAUAAAUCAGCAGAGCAAUUCUGCUGA